UACAUGAUAAUGAUAUGCAUGCAGUAAAAAUUUAUCGACUCAGGCACAGAUGUGUUCUUCCUCGACCCAAAAAGCCAUUGCAAAAUCAGUGUUGACAAAUUGUUAUGAGCAUGUUUACAAGAACUGUGGCAUUGACAGGGUUCAAAUGGAGCUCUGUGAUUGGCUGAGCAGUUAGCACAGGAAGCUGGUGGCCGUCGCAUGGCUUUUACGGUGGUGGUGGUAUUGCUGGUCUUGUCGUUGCUGCUCUUUCGUCCUCUACUUGGCGGAUCUACACCGGGCAUAGAGCGGGGUCAAAUGGAGCUGCGUCGCAUCCGGAGCCUCGCAACAAAUUCCAACUAUGGGGAGUGUUGGGCAAGUACGCUGGAGCAGCUCGAUACACACUGCGCGGAGCUGACGUCAGAGUCUCAAGGCCUUUUAGCGCUCAAAUUCACACAUUGUCACCUGAGCAGCUCAGGCAGGAAUUUCCCAGCAUGCCCUGAGGGCUCAGGGGUCAGCAGGUGCACAGCAUCAAUGGACACUGUGGCCUUCAAUACUUACACCGAGUUCUUCACACAUGCCCACGCCAUUUGUCACUUCCUCCAGUCUGAAGCCUGGCACAACCGAGCUGAGAACACCAUGCAUAGGCUGACGGAAAGUUCCGCAGGUGUUGUCGAGCAACUUCAGUCCACUCAGCAAAUGGCUGAGGAGCUGAUGGAGGCCCAGAGCGUUGCUUUACAGGCACAACAGGAGAUCCUGGAAAGCGGGGAGGAGCUUAGAGUCACUCUGAGAGACGCUACCCAGGGUCUUCGUUCAAUGUUCUCGGAGCUGAGCAGUGUCUCCAAGGAGCAGCAGGUGGCACUCUCAGAACUCUUCAACAGAGUUUCCUUCAUGCAGAAUUUCCUGAUCAUGGAGGCGCACAUUGUCACUUCUUGUCUGUACAAUGCCGCCGCCCUCUGUGCCUCUUUCCUUCUCACCUCCACCCAGCGCUCCUCCAGGGCCAGGUUGCCAUUGAUGGGUCUGGUGUGCAUGAAUUUCUACUUGGAGAAGAAGAUCUACCAGCACGUAACCUCCGAUUAUCCUGAACACAAACACAUGGAGGUGGUCGAUGUUUAUGUCGCAAUGUUGAGGAGGUGCAUAAUGGUGGUCGCAGUGUGUCUUUUGCUCUGGGUGUGUGCAAGCCACAAAGACCCCACCCAGCAGAGUCUUCUGGUCUUGCAGCAGCUCCAGGACACACAAUGUCGCCUGAAGGAGGUGCUGCAGCGAGCAGAAACUUGUGGGCGAUGGAAGGCCAAAGACCCUCAACUUGAGGUGAAGGUAAGACAAAAAGAGACAAUGAAGAAAGCGAGAUGUGAAGACGAGAGACACAUGGCAUUCCCAAGCGCAGAUGCCUCAGACAUCUCACACCUCUCAAUCACUGGUUGGAGCGCUGAUCAUCUCAGAAGUACAGCAGUCACAACUGUGACAGACACUUCAGUGCUGCCUGUCAUUACCCCCAAUGCCGCAGUGACUCCAGGCCGGCAUCCUCGCAGGCGCUCGGCCUUCUCUUCUUCCUCCCCUCUGGUCUACAGCAUCCUUGUGGAAGAUAAGCAGGUUGACCAGGUCCAACCACGUUACAGCCUCAGGAGCAGAAGAUCUCAAAACCUCUGACGUGGAACUUUAUUUUAUCUUUGAAAAAAAGAUUUUUAAUCAUCAAAUUCAAUAAAGUGAUUUGCAAUUUUAA